AAACUAUUACGGGCUCACAAAUUAUAGUACGUACUACACAUUGAUAAAAGACACAAUGCGAAAAGGUAUCCGCCAGCAUAAAAUAUUGUAUGGUGAGAAAAGUCAGUGUGCCAGCCACGUGCACUGUGGUGCCAGUGUGCCAUGGGUGCCAGUGUGUGCGUGUAUAAAUACACAUAAGAAAUGCACGAGCUCGCUAAUAUGGCGGCUCGUUGCUUAGCAACGGCUAAUAUAACAUCGGGCGGCAAAAGAAUAUAGGGGAUAGCGCGCGAAUCGCAAGGGCGGACAAGUGGCUGCGUUUCAUUUUACGCAUGAUGCGCAUGAUGUAUCAUUUAUUCUCGUUUAAUAUUAGACAAACAACAAAGAUGAACAAUGUAUCAUGUGUAUCAUGCGUGAAACGGAACAUAGCCCAUGGCUUUCCAUGCAGUCCAUAAGCAAAGACAGGAAAGCGUGGUAUACCUUGUCCCUGAAGGGACAGUAAUCCAAAAGGCAAAGAAGAAGAAGAAGCAGAGACAGACAGACUUGAGCAAAAUGGACGAGUUUUCGUAUGAUCUUAUAUUAUCUCGUGUCGCCCAGAAUAUAGUUAUGACAUAAAGAAAGAUAAUAUUUUAUGUUAUAUGUGCUUAAAAUAAUGCAACUGAAAAAUAGCUGGUUUACGAAGACAGUGUGUGCCAUAUACAUAUAGUAGUGCAUUGUAAAAAUUAAACACGUGUUUUAUUGUGAAAAAUAUGCAUUGUCGUGGAUCAUAUAAAGAGUACCUUCAAAAUCGAAGGAAAAUAAUGCCAGCAACAACAAUCUAUUCGCGUCGCCAAAGAGAACUUCAAGGGAUCGCUGCUCUAAAUAAUCAGGCAGAAAAUAAUGCGGAGGAGAAUGUCGAAAUGCAGAGAUUGAGCGCCAUGAAAUGGCAGAAGUUGAUUAUUUAUAUGAAGAUCUUAGUUAUGGAGAGACUUCCUCAAAUGAUAUUGAUGUUGAAUAUGUUAACGUGGCAGAAUCUAUUGAACAGCCAAAUGAUAAUGGUCCAGAACCAAUGAUAGAAGACGAGGUUCGUAAUUUUGACUGCAUAUUGGAAAGAAAAUUAUCAAAUAUUUACCUAUUUUCAACAUUUAAACAAAUAUAAACCUUGAAUAGAAAAUACCUUAC